AUGGCCACCGUAUCCCAGCCACCAUUCCUGAACCCGACCCGUCCCAGGACUCGAAUUGUCUGCAAAAAACCCGCCAAUAACUCAUCAUCCGCCUUCCAAGAGAAGAAACAGGUCUCCGUCGACUACGACCGCGGCACUCACCACAUCUCCACCCGAAUCCCCGGCCUCACCAAACAACACAUCCCCAAACAUCACCGUUUACGAGUCGAAACGGAGCGUUUUCAGAAGGACUGGGCCGUCUCCGACGUCGUCGACGGGGUCUACAAGCUCCGCCACUGGGACGACAUCGAGGGCUUGCUCAAUCGAUGGGUUGGGCGCUUUGCUCGGAAGAACUUCCCCAUUCUAAUCAAAAAAAUGACGGAGAGGGGUUCAGUGGAGCACUGUGUUCGAGUGUUUGGGUGGAUGAAGAACCAGAAGAACUAUUGUGCUCGUACUGACAUUUAUAAUAUGAUGAUCAGAUUGCACGCUAGGCAUAAUCUUGUUGAUAAAGCUCGUGGCUUGUUUUUCGAAAUGCAAGAAUGGAGGUGCAAGCCUGAUGCUGAGUCGUUCAAUGCUCUUAUCAAUGCACAUGGUCGAGCAGGUCAAUGGCGUUGGGCCAUGAAUCUUAUGGACGACAUGCUGCGUGCAGCUAUCCCUCCCAGUCGGUCGACAUAUAACAACUUGAUCAAUGCUUGUGGAUCAAGUGGAAAUUGGAGGGAAGCUUUGAAAGUUUGCAAGAAAAUGACAGAUAACGGAGUUGGACCUGAUCUUGUGACUCACAAUAUUGUUUUGUCUGCAUACAAAACAGGGGCUCAAUAUUCAAAGGCUUUAUCUUAUUUUGAGCUUAUGAAGGGAACAAAUAUCCGUCCAGACACAACCACCCUUAAUAUUGUUAUAUAUUGCCUUGUAAAGCUUGGACAACAUGAGAAAGCCAUUGAUCUUUUCAAUUCCAUGAGAGAUAAAAGAGCAGAAUGUUGCCCUGAUAUUGUAACAUUCACCAGCAUCAUUCAUUUGUAUUCUGUAUGCGGGCAGAUAGAAGCUUGUGCGGCUGUAUUUAGUACAAUGCUUGCAGAAGGCCUAAAACCCAACAUUGUUUCAUAUAAUGCACUAUUAGGUGCAUACGCUUCACAUGGGAUGAGUGAAGAGGCAUUGUCAGUUUUUAAUGAGAUUAAGAAAAGUAGUUUCCGGCCAGAUGUUGUGUCUUAUACAUCCUUACUCAAUGCUUAUGGAAGAUCACGCCACCCUGAAAAGGCCAGGGAAGUAUUUCACAUGAUGAAGAAAAACAACUUGAAGCCAAAUCUUGUGAGCUAUAAUGCACUAAUUAAUGCCUAUGGAUCUAAUGGUUUGUUAGCUGAAGCUGUAGAAGUCUUGCGUGAGAUGGAGCAAGAUGGAAUUCAUCCAAAUAUUGUCUCAAUAUGCACACUUUUGUCUGCUUGUGGACAUUGUGGUCAGAAGGUGAAAAUUGAUGCUGUACUUUCAGCUGCCAAGCUACGAGGCAUUGAAUUGAAUACAAUUGCAUAUAACUCAGCUAUUGGAAGCUAUAUGAAUUUGGGUGAACAUGAGAAAGCUAUAAACUUAUAUCAAUCUAUGAGAAAGAAGAAAGUUAAACCGGAUUCUGUCACUUACACUGUGUUGAUAAGUGGUUGUUGUAAGAUGUCAAAAUACAGUGAGGCAAUAACUUUUUAUGAUGAAAUGAUGGAUUUGAAAAUUCCUUUGUCCAAAGAGGUCUACUCAUCUGUGAUAUGUGCCUACAGCAAGAAGGCCCAAAUUAUGGAAGCAGAAUCUAUAUUCAAUUUGAUGAAAAUGGCUGGUUGUCCUCCUGAUGUAGUUUCAUAUACUGCAAUGUUGCAUGCAUAUAGUGCUGCGGAGAAUUGGGAAAAGGCUUGUGCAAUAUUUCAAGAAAUGGAAACAAAUGGCAUUCAACCUGAUGGAAUUGCAUGUUCAGCUUUGAUGAGAGCUUUUAACAAAGGAGGUGAUCCAUCCAGGGUUCUUAUUCUGGCAGAACUCAUGAGAGAAAAGGAAAUUCCUUUCAAUGAUGCCAUUUUCUUUGAAAUGGUAUCGGCCUGUAGCUUAUUACAAGAUUGGAGAACAACAAUGGACUUGAUUAAGUUGAUAGAGCCCUCACUACCUAAAGUUUCAGUUGGACUUGUGAAUCAGCUUCUGCACAUUCUGGGAAGAAGUGGAAAGAUUGAGACUAUGAUGAAGUUAUUCUUCAAGAUAGUGGCAUCCAGUGGUGAUAUCAAUUUUGAUAUUUAUGCGAUUUUGUUGAAGAAUCUUUUGUCUGUUGGAAGUUGGAGAAAAUAUAUUGAGGUAUUGCAAUGGAUGGUGGACGCCGGAAUUCGACCUUCAAGCCAAAUGUAUCUUGAUAUAUCAUCUUUUGCACAAAAAAGUGGUGGAGCUGAAUAUGCUACUUUAAUAAAGGAAAGAAUCGAACUCUUGAAAAGAAAAUCUGGGCACCAAGAUUCUAUAAGCAAGCUGUGUGAUACUCAUUCCGCUUCUUCGUUGACGAGUAGAACAAAAGUUGAGAACUACAAACUGCUGGAGUCAACAAUGGCUGUUACAUAUCCAGUUUCUGACUGCUAA